ACACGUUAGACCUAAAAUCAGAUAUCACGGCUGAUCGAACCAACGUUUAACGACCCUUCUAUCACCGAAAGUGCUAUUCCAUCAGAGACGAGAGGGGAAUCGGUAGCGGACAAUUGAGAACGUCGAGACUCUUAAGAACCGAAUACGAACAAGUAACACGUACGGAAGGGUUUUUGAUGCGCGAAGGAGGUCCUUCUGCAUGGUCCUUCGAGGACUCUUAGACCGACGUGCCGGAGAAAAUGAAUUGGUCAGUUGGAAGCAUGUGAGUAAAUGGCCGUGACAGGAUCUAGCCAUCCUUCGAACGACCUACUAUGGGCAUCUGCCUGGACACUGAUCAACAAAAUGGAUCGCAGGUGUUCGAGGAGGCUGAUGCUCGAAGCGCAGGAAAAUGGAGGGGGGAGGCUGGCCUCUUGGCAACUCCUCCGAAUGGAUACUUCCCGCAACAGAACGUCGGUCCGGUUAAAUUCGAAAUACCAAAAGUGCCCGUCAUAUUUGUCCUCGGCGGUCCCGGUAGCGGCAAGGUGACACAUUGCGACAAUUUGAUCCAAGAAAAGAAAGGCAUAACGCAUAUCAACAUGAUGGACCUCCUUCAACAGUACGCGCUCGGAAACGAUAUGCAAGAUUUCGGGCAACUUAGCAGCAAGACUGUUACCGAGGUCCUCAUGCUCGAAAUCAAAAUGUCUCCAGGGUCCAAAGUCUUUCUCGUCAGUGGAUAUCCGCGUAAUAUGCGCGACGUGGUCGAAUAUGCUGAGAAAAUUAAAAUUGUUAACGGCGUGAUCCUCGUGUCCUGGAGACAAGAGAUUCUCGAAAGGCAAAUCGACUUUGGCGCGCAACUCGGCCAGGUGGUGAUCGAGCUGGCGAGAAUGGAACUUCACAAUUUUUAUAGAAACGUUAUGCCCGUCGCGGAAUACUUCGACCAAAGUGGAAUUUUACUAGAAGUGAACGGAGAAAGAAAUCCGAACGACGUUUACGUCGAUUUUCGGGAGACGGUGUUCAAAAUACUUGGACUCUCGGACGGCGAUGUGCGAGAAAAAACAGUCUCUCAGUCUUUGGAAGCCGAAGUAGAAGUCGAAAGGAGAAAGGAAUCCAUUUCAAAAUCACCGUCCCAUAAAAAUGGCGAAGUACCGGAAAUGACGCAAGCGCCUGUUACGAUUAACGUGAACCCUUCGAAAACUGCGAUUAAACCUAGAAAGGGAUUACCUUUGUUUAUGUGGGUCAUAGGUGGUCCUGGAAGCAAUAAGGAGAAUUUAUGUACCCAGGCUGUUCGCAAUAUGCCAGGUUGGGUCCAUGUGAGCAUAGGUGGAUUGCUCAGGACAAUGGCAUCGUCGAACACUAUCGUUAAAGAGGCUAUCGUUUCUGGAGAAAUGGUCCCACAGGACAUUGUGAUGCAAGCAGUCGAACAACAGAUAAUUUUAAAUCGUGAUACGGAUGGCAUAAUAAUCGAUGGCUAUCCAAGGGGAUUGAAUCAAGUUCAAGAAUUUGAAACCAAGUUCGGUCAACAACCACCAUUAGUGCUUCUGGAUUGCUCCAAGCUGCAACUUGGCAGAGGAAGACUGGACGAUAAUGUUUCGGCGUUCAAGAAAAGAUUGGAGCUAUUUCGCGAAGUAUCGUUACCUAUGUUGAAAGCAUUGGAUAACGAGAAUCGUUUAACAAUUAUAGACGGCGAUACGGAUGUGCCAAGCGUGCAACAAGAAUUUGCAGCAGCUCUCUAUCAAUUGACGCAAUUGCAACGGACAGGAAUGGAAGAUAUCCACGGAAGAUCUAGAUCGCUAACGGAGAACGAGAAUGGCACGAACUCUAAGCCAUUGAUCUCUAAUAACAAGGAUCUACCUGUUGUGUCGAACGGUGUUUCUAAACAAAUGUUCGACGACAAACCAAAUAUAGAAAACAUGAUAAACGCCACGAAAAGCAUUAACGGAAUCAGCCUACAAGGAGCGGUACAAAUUACCAAUGGAUUAAAGAGUACUGCGAGGCAGGUUCAAAAAAAUGGUACAGCUGCUGUACAAAAUGGCGUAGCGAAUGGUGCUGCGCACAUGUUACAAAACGGUGUAGCACAUUUGGCCAACGGAAUUGUACCAGGCAGCAAUAAAGUUGCCCCAGCCGUACAAAACUAUUUGCCGAACGACACCAAAGAUGCUGUGAGAAAGAUGUACAACGAAGUGGAGGGUUACCAACAGAAUUUACAUAUGUAAACUAUUUGUCUAAACAAAAGUAUCGGAAAUAUUUUUACUAUUGUCCUAUCUUUUUAUAAUGUUAUUCACUUUAAGAGUCACGUCGAAAGGUAUCAAAGGUUCUUUUCGAUAAAACUUAUAUACGUUCGCAUCUUGAGACGAAUACGACUUAAAUAGAACUAACGAAAGAUUUAAGAAAAGCCAAACACAAAAACUAGUUUUGUAGAAAUAUAUCGAAUGUAAGU